CUCCUUCUUCCCGUGAUAUAGCGCAGCAGUCGGUUUGUAUCCAUAGCCAACUCUAUCCUAUCCAAGUCACGGUUUGUGGGAGGUUUAAACCUACUAGUCUACUUUCUAAUACCGUUUUGGUGAGCUUUCAACUGGAAGCAACAGCUAAUUAUAGCGAGAGUAGUUUACUGCAAGAGGCUCCAGUUUCGCGGUGUUGGUCGGGCUACUCAUUAUAGGAAUUAACGAAGAAGACGCAGGACGCUCCUUAGAUUUCACCAACGCAUAAAGGAGAACAUCUUUAUUUUUCCUUGCCUAAACUGAAGACUUGUAUUUGUAGACUAACGCCUACUAAUAGAAGACAGCCUCCAUCGAAGUGUUUCGGGAAGUUUGGGUUGUAAAUACGCCUGUGGGUCAUUUAUUUAGGCUAAGAUUUACCAGUGGGAUUGGAGUGUAUUUCCUCUCUUUCUUUUCAAUGCUUUGUGAGAACGGGUGGUCGUCUACCGUAAAAACGUAAGGCUAUUGAUAAAGGAGAUAAGUGAAGAGUGCGCUCCCACGCCUGCCCUGACCUCUAGAUGCCGGGCAUAAACUCCACCACCGCCCCUCACUAUGAGUCAGGCUGGGAGAUGGAGUACGACCGCUAUCAACAUUACUUCUACGACGACCACGAUCCGGAUGAGGAUUUCUUUAAAUCCACUGCGCCCAGCGAGGACAUAUGGAAGAAAUUCGAGCUAGUACCGACCCCGCCCAUGUCCCCUAUCCGGACUUUAGAGGGGGCAGCCGGGGUCGGGAUGAUCUGCCCUUCCCUGGGGGACAAACUCGAGUGGGUGUCCCAGUUUUUGGGUCAAGAGGACGACCAGGAUGUGCCGUGUAAAUUCAGUUCUGCCGACGAGGCUUUGGGGAACCUGAGCUCCAUUAUCAUUCAGGACUGCAUGUGGAGCAGCUUCUCCGCGAGCAAACAGCUGGAGAAAGUUGUCGGGGAACGAUAUGCUUCCUGUCCCGGGUCGGGGCCGACCAAACCAGCUGGCAUCAACACCACCGGGAGGGCGCAGUGUGUGACGAUACCCAUGGACGCUCAGGUUCUCAGUAGCUUGGCAACGGAUUGCGUGGACCCGGCUGCUGUUCUCACCUUCCCCCUGACCGGGGGACCGUUCAAGAAACCUGCGGUGUCCUCCGGUUCGGAAUCCCCCACAGACUCAUCAGAUGAUGAAUCUAGUGAUGAUGAUGAGGACGAAGAGGAGAUUGAUGUGGUGACUGUGGAACACAAGCAGUACAAGCCCCGGCGGCUGGCCAACGGCGGGCUGAACGGGCGGACGCCGGUGACCAUCACGGUCGGAGCGGACCCUGUGGACCCGUGUAUGAAACACUUCCACAUCUCUAUCCACCAACAGCAGCAUAACUACGCAGCGCCUUCUCCGGACGCACACAAACAUCCCGAGCCCCCCAGGAAGAGAGUCCGACACGAGCCCCUAAACUCUUCUCAUAACUUCUCAAACUCAUCUCACCCCAAGCCACACCCCGGCCCCGCCUCAACCAAUCAGAACCCUGAGAGCAAACCACCUCACGUCGCAGUGGCAACGGCCGGUUCGGAGUCACCUGACGCCAACACUCUCAUCCUUGCCUCCUCCCCCUCGAACUCUCCAUCCUCCUCCUCCCACCACCACCUCUCCUCCUUGAAGUCCUGCUCCCACCCCUGCAGCCCCCAGUCCUCUGACUGUGAGGACACGGACAAACGCAAGACUCACAACUUCCUGGAACGUAAACGGCGCAAUGACCUGCGCUCUCGUUUCCUGGCGCUGCGGGACAACAUCCCUGGCUUGGCAGAGUGCCCCAAGACACCCAAGGUGGCCAUCCUGACACGUGCCACUGAGUACCUGGCGCAGCUGCAUUCUAGCGAGCGCCAGCGGGCACAGGAGAAACGUCAGCUGAAGGCCAGGCAACAGCAGCUACUCCGCAGGUUGGCACAGCUCAAACAAUGCCCCUGAACUCACUGACUGACUGGCAGGCUGGCAAAGCUCAAACAACAUCCCUGAACUGACUGGCAUACUGACUGGCAGCGACCUCUAGUCGACAGAAACCAGGACUCUCAUUAACUGGCAGGCUGGCAGGGAGAGAAGCCCAAGUAGUAUGCUUUGCUGAAUCCUAUAUUAUAAACCAGGACUGAGUCAAGACCAGGGACGGAUCUCAACCCUAUAUUAUUAAACCAGGACUGAGUCAAAACCAGGGACGGAUCUCAAGCCUAUAUUAUUUAACCAGGACUGAGUCAAAACCAGGGACGGAUCUCAAGCCUAUAUUAUUAAACCAGGACUGAGUCAAAACCAGGGACAGAUCUGACCCCUAUAUUAUUAAACCAGGACUGAGUCAAAACCAGGGACAGAUCUGAACCCUAUAUUAUAAACCAGGACUGAAUCAAAACCAGGGACGGAUUUGAGAGGAUUUUCUUGCUCUCGUUGGCCCAAUCCCAAAUGGAUCCCUUUGCCCCUAUUCGUAGGAAAGCGGUUGAAGAUCUGCAAGGGCAACAACGAUCAAGGGAAAGAACAUAGUGGGUUUAGUGUUGGGAUGGGGGUUGUGAACUCCCAGACACACACACACACACACACACACACACACAGGAUGAGAUUAAGGAGCAAAGACACGAACGGUCACUUUGUGGGGUGGGGAAGUGGGUUAUAAUGUGGUGUUAUGGUUCUGUUGUUUUGCACAUUUGCUUCGGAGUGAUUGACAGAGCAAUCAUCUCGUCAGGAAGGACAGUAACCUGAUGUCACGUGAUCACAGUUUUGUUAUUUGGGGUGGGCAGGGGGGGUGGGGGGGGGGGGGGGGGGGUUCUGGGCUGGCAUUUUAUCUCUGUUAUAUCUACCAAAUUAAUAAAGUAUGUAAAUAUGUUAAUGUUAAGUCAUGAGAAGUUAUCAUGCCACGUAGGCGGUGUGAGAUUUGAUUGUAUGCUUGUGUAAAGAAGAUUAUGCCUCGCUACAGCAACAACGGCUCAGCUGGAGUUGAUGUUGACAUGAGAACAUCUUGGAAAAAGAAUCCAAAACUAAAUACAUUUUGAUCAACUCUGAAACUCCACAAUAUCUUUAUACUUUCAGUGCCAUUUUGAAACCAGUCAGUGACUAAUGGAUUUUUUUUUCUAAUGAUCAAAAUGUUAGCCAUUGCAAACAAUGGCAGUUCAUUUGAAACGGACAGGAAAUGGAACAUCUGCUUGUCCCAUGUUAACGUUGCCCCUAUAAUAUUUGCCAACCUUAUUUCCUGUUAUUGUCUAAGACUGUAUGGUGGUAUAUGAGUGGAUCCAUCGAUUGUGCAUUGUGUUCAGAUCAGCCUGUGUUUUGUGUGUGUGUGUGUGUGUGUGUUUGCAUGUCUCCUUCUGUGUGUUACGUACGACUAUCCUUCUAGAGAGUCCCUAAUGAACCAAAACCAGAGCUUUCAGAUUUCAUUCUAUUUUCUUUCCUGUUUCCUGUCACUGGCUUAACUCACAUAUCAAAAUGCUUAUUAUAUUUUUUUUUGUUAGUAAAAAGGUGAAGUAAAUAAACAUUCAAAUAAUAACACGAUUGAAACGUUACUUUGAUCACACUUUGUGACGCUGUUCUCAAUGCCCGUUUUUCUUUACAGUUCUAAUUUAGUUUUUUGUUGAUUUGUACAAAAGGUCAGAGUUUUGUACUAUAUUUUCCUACAGUGUUUUUUUUUUGUUGUUGUGAGCUGACGUGGUUGGUAUGGCUGUUAUGUGCAGCCCCUCACUCUCUACCUCCCCCCCCCCCCCCCCCCCCCCCCCCCACUCUCUCUCACCCUUCCCUGCUCAAACUAAUCACUGUCUAGCCAGCACUUUCUAAAAUCUCACAAUAGGGCACCUAAGAGGAUGUAGUUCUUUAAAGGCCUUGGCCGGUCGGUGCGUAGCCUGACGUGAACCCACUGUCUCAGCCCCUCCCUCCCUCACCCCCAGGGAACCCACUGUCUCAGCCCCUCCCUCCCUCACCCCUAGUGUACCCACUGUCUCAGCUCCUCCCUCCCUCACCCCUAGUGAACCCACUGUCUCAGCCCUAUCCUCCCUCCCUCACCCUUAUUGAACCCACUGUCUCAGCCCCUCCCUCCCCCCUAGUGAACCCACUGUCUCAGCCCUAUCCUCACUCCCUCCCUCAACCCCAGUGAACCCACUGUCUCAGCCCCUCCCGCCAGCUGUAUCACAGCACGUUAGUUAACUCUGGGGGUGAUUAGUUGAAGCCAUAGCAACAGAGAAGCUCUGAAACUAUGGUUGUGUGCCAAAUGGUUCCCUAUAUAGUAAUCCACUACUGACUAGAACCCUAUGGGCCCUAAUCCAUUUAUAGUGCACCCCCCCCCAAGAACCCUAUGGGCCCUAAUCCAUUUAUAGUGCACCCCCCCAAGAACUCUAUGGGCCCUGGUACAAAAAAAAAUAUUGUACAAUGUAGGGAAUAGGGUGCCGUAGGAGAUGAGCACUCAUCCUGUAGUGUAACAGACUUGAUGAUGUAUUUUUAAUAUAACCUACUCAGUGGCCUGUCAUCAUCCUUGUUACCGAGAGAGAGAGAGAUCUCAGGAUUACCUCGGUAGGAGCGCUGAUCUAGGAUCAGUUUUGGCAUAUAGAUAAAACAAUAAUAAUAAGAUUAGAAAUGGACAGAUCCUAGAUCAGCACUCCUACUCUCAGAUGCGUUGUGGAUAUGGGCCCAGGGAGCGAGAGGAUUAGAUUGGGUGGCAACUAUUUUUAUUUUGUUUUGGGCAGCCUGGUUUCAGAAGGUGAGCUGCUACUAAUGUUAACCCUGAAAGCUUGGAUUACUCCCUCUGCCUCCCACAGAGUAGCGAGGGCGAGCGUAGAGCAGAACGAUGGAGAGGGUGAGAUAGUAGGGGAAAGGGCAGUUGGAAGAGAGAGAGAGUAGGAAGGGAGAGCAAAACUAGAGUAUCUCUUCACUUUCACUACUUUCUUCAUCUGUUCUUUCAGCACAUACCACCAGUAGCCUGUAUUUAUCUCUUGUAACGCAAGGUCUAUUAGCGCCGCCUCAGGAUUGGCUGUAGCCCAUUGUAGUUUUAAUUUGUCACUGGUCUCUGUGUGUUAGACACAGUCAUUUUGGCAGUGGGCCAUACUACACUUCACUCUGGGAAUUCUAAUAUGGUGGCAGGCAGCCUUUUCUCAAGCACUUUGUUUUCAGUACCUCGAGCCUAUAUGUACAGGGAGAAUCAGACCAAUGUAAUAAAUUCAAAACAUCA